AUGCCGCCCCCAGAGAAGAGCGCGGGCCCCUCAUCAUCCGCCCCCGCGGGCCGCGCUCUGGGUCGGCUGCAGGGGCUGCCGUCGCCGGCGCUGUGCUGCGCCUGCGGUCUGUGCGUGCUGCUGGCCGGCGUGAACGUGACGCUGGUGGGAGCCUUCGCCUCCUUCCUGCCUGGGCACAACGUGCCACUCAUCAUGGGGCCGGCGCUGCUGGUACUAGCGCUCGGCUUCUUUGCUGCCUGCUGCGUAUGUAGCCGCCGGGGCCCCGCGGCCGGUGCGCGCUCGGCGGCGGCCGCCGGCAGGAGUCAGGGCGGCGGCCGCGCCGGGCCUGUGGCUCUGGAGAUGGAGAGUAGUGAGCGCACGGCGCAGGACACCACCGCGGUGCAGCUGAGCCCGGCCGCUUCGGCUGCGUCCUCUGGUCGCUCCAGCCCCGGCCCCAGCCCCUUCGCCGUGGAAGCCCCGGCUCCCGCUGCUGUCUACGCACCGCGCUCCGAAGGGGUCCAGCUCAACCUGCCCCGGGAGCGGACCACCCCUUAGCGGACCAGACCCGCUGGUCCUGGUUUUCCCAACUGGGU